UUCCUCUACUAACAUGGCAGGACGUGGAGAUGGUGCCGCUGUUUCGGUGGAGGAAUUUCAGGAGUUGCGUACACAAAUGAAUGAUUUGGUGCAGCAGCUCCAAACUCUCCAAUUGAACAUACCACGUCGAGAACCGCCACCAAAUGAGGAUGAUGAUAUUGACGAGGAGGAUGAGCCACCGCGUCGUCCCGCUGGUCGUGGACGUGGCGGGCGUGGUCAUGGUCUUCUUAAUUUUGGUCGUGCUCGGCGCAUUCCUGUUCGAGGUGGACGAGAUUAUGAUGGUGAUGAUGAUAUGUUGUCUGACAUGGAUGAUCAUCGCCAUGGUGGCCAUCGUGGUUAUCGUGACCGCCACCGUCGCCUUGAUGAUGAUGGUUUAAGCAAAGUGAAAGUGUCUAUUCCAAAAUUUAAUGGAAAAGAAAGUGCUGAUGAUUAUUUUGAGUGGGAGACUAAGGUUGAACAGAUCUUUGAUUUGUAUCCUUAUCCUCCUGUCAAGAAAGCAAAGCUUGCUGCAAUUGAGUUUUCAGGCUAUGCAAUCACUUGGUGGAAUCAAGUGUGUACUGAACUCCGACGCGCUGGACAUGAUCGUAUUACUUGGGAAGACAUGAAGAGGGAAAUGCGACGUCGUUUUGUUCCUGCAUAUUACUCUCGUGAUCUACAUUUGAAGCUAAAACGUCUUGUGCAAGGUACUCGUACUGUUGAUGAAUAUUUUCAAGAAUUGGAAAUGUGUUUACUUCGUACAGGGAUAACUGAAGAUGAGGAAUCCACAAUGGCUCGAUUUCUGGUUGGCCUCAAUAAGCCCAUUGCUGAUAAAGUGGAUAUGACAAACUACACAUGUCUCACUGAGUUGGUACAUUUUGCAAAAAGGGCAGAACGACAACUUGCUGGAUCUUAUAAAGAUCGUGCUUCAUUUUCAGCUCAUAAUAGUGCUACUUCAUGGCGCCAGUCACAGCAGCACGGGUCAGGGGUGCACACACCUACAUCUCGUGCAACUUCUUCCAAACAUUUUGAUUCCAAAGGCAAAGCUGUAAGCUCUACUCAGUCCAGCUCCUCUGCUACUGCAGCCCCAAGGCAUACAAGCAAGAUUGAGUGUUUUAAGUGUGGUGGUCAUGGGCAUAAGCAAGCUGAAUGUCCCAAUCGUCGUACGAUUAUUGCCCUUGCUGAUGGUUCAUAUGAUUCACAAAGUGAAGAGGAGGACGAGUUUCACAAUGUCUUUGCAGAUCAUACUCUUGACACUUGCGAGUAUUCAGCUGAGGAUGGUACUUUUGAGCUAGGUCUGAAUUGUUUAACUAUUCAACCUAUUCUAACUUUUGCUCCCAGUGACAUGAUAGAAGAUGUUAUUUCUCCAUAUUCUAAUGAGAUUACUAGUGCUGAUUUUGAUGAGUUGCUUGCUGAUUUUCCUGAUUUGGAGCCUUCUAAAAUGAAUAGAUCAUCUCCUUAUUUGGUGGUUAGAAGAGUUCUUUCCACUCAGUUUGUUGCUGCUGAACAAGGACAACGUCAUAAUUUGUUUCAGUCCCGAUGCAAAGUGAAAGGUCAAGUGUGUCGUUUCAUCAUAGAUGGUGGGAGCUGCAAUAAUAUUGUUAGUGCCUUGCUUGUUGAGAAGCUUGGCCUACCAACACGCCGCCAUCCACACCCUUACCAUAUGCAGUGGCUGAAUAAUUCAGGGACAGUGAAGGUCUCAUCCAUGGUUCGUUUGUCUUUCUCCAUUGGUGACUAUCAUGGUGAGGUUGAUUGUGAUAUUGUACCCAUGCAAGCAUGCCAUUUGCUGUUGGGUCGUCCAUGGCAGUUUGAUGUGGAUUCGGUGCACUUUGGGCGGUCUAACAAGUAUACUUUCAUCCACAACGACAAGAAGGUGGUUCUUGUUCCAUUAUCUCCAGAAGAGAUCUAUGCUUCAGAUGUGGCUUGCAUGAAAAAAGAAGAAUCUGACAAAAAAAAAUUGACUGAGGCUGCCAACACUAGUAAGGGAGAGACUUCUAACCAAUCUAGCCACAUAAAGCCUCUUUCCACUACAAAACAACACCACCAAAAUGAGUGCUUAUUUGUGAGCAGGAGUGAUUUGAGAGAAGUGAGGAACACCACAGCCCCAUUCUUUGUGCUCUUGCACAAGGAGGUCCUACUUUCAACUAACGAUUUACCUUCAUCGCUGCCUAGUGCUGUUCUUGAUCUCUUACAGGACUUUGAAGAUGUUUUUCCUGAUGAGGUACCAGCUGGCCUUCCUCCACUCCGUGGUAUUGAGCAUCAAAUCGAUUUGGUACCUGGAGCUUCUCUUCCCAAUCGCCCAGCCUACCGUGCUAAUCCUGAAGAAACCAAAGAAAUUCAGCGACAGGUAAAAGAGCUUUUGGACAAAGGGUAUGUUCGUGAAUCUCUAUCACCUUGUGCUGUUCCAGUACUUUUGGUCCCUAAGAAAGAUGGAUCUUGGCGCAUGUGUGUCGAUUGUCGUGCCAUUAAUGCUAUAACUGUACGAUAUCGCCAUCCCAUUCCUAGGCUUGAUGACAUGUUUGAUGAAUUGAGCGGCUCAACUAUUUUCACCAAGAUUGAUUUACGCAGUGGCUAUCACCAAAUUCGCAUGAAAAUUGGUGAUGAAUGGAAGACAGCAUUUACAACCAAAUUUGGCUUGUAUGAAUGGCUUGUGAUGCCCUUUGGCUUGACAAAUGCUCCUUCAACUUUUAUGCGCUUAAUGAAUCAUGUUUUACGAGCUUUCAUUGGCAAGUUUGUAGUUGUUUAUUUUGAUGAUAUUCUGAUCUAUAGCAAAUCAUUUGAUGAACAUCUUGAUCAUAUCCAUCAAGUACUUGCUGUUUUGAGGGAAGAGAAAUUGUAUGCCAACAUUGCUAAGUGCACAUUUUCCACAGAUCGUGUUGUUUUUCUUGGUUUUGUUGUGACUGCAGAUGGCAUCUAG